GUUACUACAAAUUUUCCAGCCCAGCAUUGCGCAUUGUAGUAAUUUUAUGUUCGUCGACAUGAAUUCUCGCCUGCGCUACUACUGGUGGCUCUUUCAACUACUCUCUUUACUGUUGGUACUCGCUAUAAACAAGAUCAGUAAGUUAGAGGUUUCAUUUCCAUCCUCUCUUAAGUAGAUUGUUGAGCUAUUUCAUCCAUUGUUUUGGAAUAUCAUAAAACAUUAAAUUUUUACGACUUGGUGGAUCACUUGAGGAGUUAGUCAUAAAUAAAUGAAAAUACUUACCGUACCUACGUUAAAGUUUUAGUUACACUAGUCCACUACAACUCGUCGCUUUACCAAUCAUUAACUGAUAAGCAAAGAUAAUUGCUGAGUCCCCAAAAGGCAGCUAAUAUUCAUCCGGCAGCCGAUCUUUCACAGUGUAGGAAGCCUUUGACAACUGUUUUCAUUUCGUGUGCGUACAGCUUAUAGCCAGGCACAAUUUGUUCACUAAUAUGUCCACUUAUAUUCCAUAGGCGGUGAUGCAACGCCAAUUGAUUGUCUUUAUGUUUCGCAUCAAAGAGGCCAAGACACACCUCAAUGCGGUUCUCGGACCGAGCCGUGCCAAACUUUGCCACAAGCACUGCUGUUGGUGAGGGAUGGAGGAAAGAUCUGUCUGGAUGGAAGAAACAGUGAAAGACAUCCUUACAGUUGUUUUUUCAGGGGGGAUGUUUGGAAGAGGCUUGGAAAAAGUGUGGCAAUAUACGGUUUGUUCUCAAAGGCGCACAUUACAUGUGAUCCACAGUAUGGCAAUCUUAAAUUUACAUAUCCUGAGAAUUGCCUCUUUGAAUUAACUCUCUCCAACCUUGUAUUCCACAGCUGUGCAGUGUAUCUACUCAAUGUGGCCCGUUUCAAUGUAUCGAUAUCAAGCUGCAAUCUUUGACAGUGGAGGAAGCCUUUGACAACUGUUUUUAUUUCGGGUGCGUACAGCUUAUAGCCAGGCACAAUUUGUUCACUAAUAUGUCCACUUGUGUUCCAUAGGCGGUGAUGUAACGCCAAUUGAUUGUCUUUAUGUUUUACACCAAAGUGGCCAAGACACACCUCAAUGCGGUUCUUGGACUGAGCCGUGCCAAACUUUGCCGCAAGCACUGCGGUUGGUGAGGGAUGGAGGAAAGAUCUGUCUGGAUGGAAGGAACAGUGAAAGACAUCCUUACAGUUGUUUUUUCAGAAAGAAUGUUUUCAUUGACAAAAGUGUGGCAAUAUACGGUUUGUUCACAAAGGCGCACAUUACAUGUGAUCCAAACAAUGGCAAUCUUAAAUUUACAUAUCUUGACAAUCGCCUCUUUAAAUUAACUCUCUCCAACCUUGUAUUCCACAGCUUUGGAGUCGAUCUAAUGUAUGUGAGCUCUUUCCAAGUAUCGAUAUCAAGCUGCAGGUUUAUUAACAGCUCCAUCGCAGUUGGCAUAGUACAGAAAGAGUCAAUAAUCCAGACAAAAUCUUCCAUCGUCGUCACUGACAGUGAAUUCUUGCACAAUAAAAUGUCCGUCUACGCCACCUUGUAUAAAGGUGUAAUAAUAUAUGUAUAAUAUCACUUUCAUAAAUUGCUCUUUCAAAGACAACGAGGGAUUAACGCUGGGAGCGCAUAUUAAGAUGAAAAAUGGUUACGGGAGACUCAACAUCGUAAAUAGCAACUUCCUACAGACACGUUUGUAUGAGCAUUUUGACACAGGGCCACGACGAAUUUUAAAUGAUGGGUGCUUUUUGUAUUCUGAAAGUGCUGGACCGGUCAUUAUCAGAAACUCGUCAUUUACAGCAAACAUCAGCAAGAAGUUUUACCCAAUCUUAGCUGUUACAAGGAGCAGCUUGAUACAAGUAGAUGCUACCUCUAUGAUUAAGUGUCCUUCUGGCAAGUGGCUCAAAAUGGAUAUCAACAAAAAAACGAGGUUUUCAAGAAAAGAAGCGAAAAGUGUUUGAUGAAAAUCAAUUACGUUAAAAUAUUCUGCGAAAAGAGUGUUCUCCUGGAUUUUAUAGUCUACAAAGAGGAUUUAUAUCUGGUUUUAAAUAACAAAAACGAAACUAAAUGUCUUAAAUGCCCAUAUGGAGCGUAUUGUAAAAAUGGAAUCAUAAAAGCCAAAGAGAACUUCUGGGGCUUGGAAAACAAUUCUUCGAGUCAAACAAAUCUAAAAUUUUUUCAUUGUCCAUCUGAAUACUGCAACAGACCACGCAAUUCCACCCACUAUGGUCACAACAGCUGCCAUGGAAGAAGGGACGGUGUUCUUUGUGGCAAGUGUACUGAUGGGUACAGUGAGGCACGCUAUUCAACUUCGUGUAGAAAGAACGAUAAAUGUAAUAAUAACUGGUUUUGGUUGGCGACUGGGAUUUACGUGGUUGUCUUUGCAUUUUACAUUGUCUUCAAGCCUCCCAUUUUCUCAGGGUUACUAAAGCAGAGUCUUUGGUUUAAGAAUAAACCUGCUGAAAGUGACUUCAGGCAGACGUCAUUGAAAGAGGAUAAAAAACACGAUUUUGGAUAUCUAAAAAUCAUCUUUUAUUUUUAUCAAGUGGCAGAACUUGUAAUGAUUCAGUCUCCAGAGAAAACGUUUCAUUUGGUUCCAAUCAUCCCUCCCAUCAUUGCAAUUUUUAAUUUCCAGGUCAAAUCAUUGGACGGUAGCAUUGGCUGUCCGUUUCCUGGUCUUACUGUCGUAACUAAGGAACUGUUUAAGUGUAUGAAGUUCCUAGGAACGUUGCUUUCCAUUGGUCUUAUUUAUGUACUUCAUAGGGCCACCAGUAGGUCCCUGCACACAGCUCCACCAUCAAUAAAAUUAUAUCUGGCUGUUGCUUUGGAAACACUGUUGCUUGGUUAUGAAAGACUUGCUGAUACAUCCCUUAAACUUAUGCACUGUGUUCCUGUCGAUAAAGAUUGGCGUCUUUUCGUCGAUGGAACUAUUCAAUGUUGGCAGUGGUGGCAGUUCCUGCUUACCGCGUUCAUAAUGUCAUUCAUCAUCCCCCUUGUUCUGGUUCUCUUCUGGGGAUCACUGAGACUUAACAAAGACAAAGUAACGGCCAAGGAAUUUUUAUUAGCUUGCGCAUUCCCUUUGCCUUGCCUUCUCUUUUGGAUGUUUCGUGAAUAUAGAAAAAAAUAUGAUCAACAAAUGCUUAACGCCGAAAAAGUGCACAAUGCAGAAGAAAUAAAGCAGGUUCUCCACGGUCCAUUUCGCGCAGGCUCCAGCGAGGAUCAUGGCACCCUGUACUGGGAAAGUGUACUGACUGGGAGAAGAUUGAUUCUGUUGGUCAUCCAUACAUUCGCUACUGACCCCACUAUUCGCUUUGUCUGCCUCAGUUGCGCAUGUGUUAUUAUUCUGGUCCAUCACCUCACAGUAAGGCCUUUUUGCGAACGGAAAGCUAACAUCUGUGAAGGCUUUUCUCUGUUGAGCCUAGUUGUUAUUUGCAUGUUCAGUUUAACCGAAGCUACGCUCAUUUCUCAUGGAAUAGAUCCCACAGGACAAAGCAAAGACCUCUUCUAUGCUGUACAGUGGAUCGAGAUCGGUCUUCUCAGCUUGGCACCUUUGGCGCUGUGCCUCCUUGUAGCUUUCUGUGCACUUUCUCAAGUCGCCCGCCUGUUGUACCACUUCAUCACGUGCCUUUCACGUGUUAAAAAAAGCAAACUUUGUACUCAACAGUCGUCGACCCAUCGGCCAUUUGUGGUUGACUGGGACUCGGAGGAAAUUCAAGUUAUUGCAUAAACUCAUUGUUUGUUUAGGUUUUGCUUUUGUCGAAUCCAGAUUAACAGAGUAAAGAAAAGGAGAAGGAGAACAUUUUGAUAGCAGCGUUCUUGGAUGUGCCCAAAUCUUCUAUUCAACUUUUUAUUGAGCAGAAAUUUUAGAAUCAUCGCCAAAGAAGGAAUACGACGAUGAUGUCGCCUUUCACUGCGAAGUUGUUGUCCAACUUAUCAACAGAUUGUCAACCAUUGUUGGAUAUCGAUCGGUAACGAAAUAUAGAACACUUAACAUGGGCUUAAGGUGAAUAUGUGAUACAAAAACUAAUUAACUUCAUGGUUUGCGUCUAAAAUUCAAAUUCAAAAGAAAACCUGAAGAAAGAAAAAGGUCACUAAUGUAAGAUUGUGGAAUAUUACUCCUGUAGAAAUGAGCGAAAAGAACUCGUUUAAUUUCGUCAUUUUUCAGUAAAGACUGCCUUCCACAAGUUUUUCCAACGACACAUCAAUCUUAAUAAAUCUAGUUUAUCAUAUUCUUGUUGUCAGACACAUUUAUUUUUAGCAAAAUCCAUUAGUGGUCUAUUAUCAAUGCUACUUUCUGAUUGGUUGAGCUACUAGUAGGCUAUAUGUUAUAGCCCACCAGUAGCGAAAAGUGCCAGCUUUGAAAACCAAAACAAUGGCGGCUGAAUCGCGUUUUGCUGCCUAAAGUUGUUUUGUCUCGAUAUUUUUGACCAACUAGUUGGACUUUACUAAAACAAUUAUUCCUCGAGCCCAAAUGGGCUAUUGACUCAGGGCCCGUUCGAGCUCGAGGAAUAAUUGUUAAUUAUUUCAAUUCCAAUCGUGCUACGUCAUUUUUUUUUCUCGCAAUGUUAUUCAUUUCGUUCUCAUAUAGAUUAGCGUCGUGGGCCAUUGUGUUUACCAGUGCCAUUCGCCAUUGUAGCCCUCACAUGGGUAGUAUUAAAACGCAUUUCAACCGUUCUUAUUAAAGAUACUAGAAAUGUUUGCUCAAUCCUAAGCCUUUUUUGCCAGUGUCUCUUGUUUACUAGCUGGCCAGGUUCAUCUCGUAUCAUGCACCACCACGCUGGGCAAACGCCUUAAAAGUAAACGAAGAGAGGCAGGGAAUAGUAGAUCUACUAUGUGAUAAUAACGAUAAAAUUAUUGCCCCUUAUACGCCACUAUUGCAACAUUUCUACCACAGACUCAUACCUCAUGAUGUUUGUGCCCGGAAUUGUAUCAGAAUGUCACGUGUUCGUGGAGUGUUUCCUGUUUGUCUCAAUAGAGUGAAUCAGAAAAUGUUAAUGAGACCAUUUUAUUAUAAGAAUAUUCGUUUAUGGUUAACUCGCGCCAGUUUUCCAAGACGACGCCUUGCUCAAAAACGACAGAACUUGUUUAAAAGUGGGGUUUCUUACGAGAGAAUCACAAAAUACUCUCCCGCAUCAGCCACCCACAAUAAACACUGUAUCGUAUCAUGAAUAAGUAUUCAGUUUGAUAUUUAGAUAUUGUACCUGUUGUUAUUCAAUAACCGCAUGUGCACGGAAAAACUAAUCAAUUAAAAUUGUUUCAAGUUGAGCUGAGAUAUUUGACAGUGCAUUUAGUUCGCUUUAUUAAUUUCCUCUGGCCACAAAAAUGUUUCCCAAAAAAUAUUUUAUAGCAGUUUAUUUACCUGUACUCCAUUUGGUACAUGACGUAGUUGCAUGGUAAUAAGCUUUAGUCGUUUACAUAUGACUAUUCCAUGUGCUCUCUUACGCACAUGUACGUAAACAGGAUGGCUCAUCGGCGUUAAAGUCUCGGUCAAACCACUUUAAGCACUAGAAACGAUGCACAUUAACUUCCAGAAAUAUACACGAUGACGUUUUCAUAGUGUUAUGGCCAAAUAUUCUGAUAUUUAAAAAUACGUCUUGAAGCAUCGCUUGCUCGAGAAUAAGAGUUGCCAGAAGUUUUCCAACAUUACGGGACUCAGUCUUCUAAUUUUCGUCCACAUGAAUUCUCUCUUGGCCUACUGUCCCUACUGGUGGCUGGUGAUUCCUUUGUUUUUGGUUAUCGCCCGCAUAAACAAAAUCAGUAAGUUAGAGCCGGUUUCUUUUUUAUCCCAUUUUAAUUAAACUAGAUUGUUCAUCUAUGUAAUCCAUUAUGUUGGAAUAUCAUAAAACAGUUUAAUUCGUAUGACUUGUUGUAUCACUUUAAAAGUUUGUCAAACACAAAUUAGAGACAAUACUUACUUUGUUCGCUAUAGUUCUUAUACUAGUCUAAUAAAACUAGUUUAUUUUCUAUUAUUUAUUACAAUUCAUGGCAACUAACAGUAAUAAUACUACUACUUGUCUACUACUACUACUACUACUACUAAUGAUGAUAAUAAUAAUAAUAAUAAUAAUGACAAUAAUAUAAUAUCAAAAAAAAACUAAAUAGAGCGAUUGCAGUUGCGUAAAAGAGCCAGAGACUCCAUACAAGGUGCAACACCGUAGAUACUAUUUUCAUAAAAAUACUAAAUUAAUAUUGAUAUUAUGUCCUAAAUACAAUUAAAAUUGGAAAACAAUCAAGGGUAGUGUGGCCAGUUAACUAGACCCGGCAGUUCCUCUGACAGACUAAAGAUCACCAGGCCGGCCCAAAAACCUUGCAACACCGCGCCUAAAUGAGUGUAAAUCAUGACUAAAGCAGUCCUUAGUUUCAAGCAGUCAAAACUCCGAAAGGUAUAACGAUCGUCUGGACAAUAACAAUUAGAAAACUACUAAGAUCUACAUUGAAAUAACCGUUUAAAACUUUAUACAAAAAAAUUACAUCAGCUAUAAAGCGUCUUUGCUCAAGAGACACAUGAUUAAGCUCCUUCAAACAAGAUUCGUAAUUACUGUCAGAUUUUAGAAUUAACUUUGUAGCUCUCCUCUGCACACGUUCAAUUAAAUCAAUGUUUCUCUUGGUGUGAGGUGACCAAACAAUCUAUCUAUUCCAGCAUGGAUCUCACUAAUGAGCAAUAAAGAGUCCUUAAUGUAGGUACCCCAAAUAGACCUUUGCAUGUACGCAAGAUUAAACCCAACAAUAGUUGCGAUUAAAUCCAUACGCUUGCAAAGGUGAAAACUCUGGGUCCCAAGAAGACACCCGUUUGGCUUUUUGUUGUUCAAUGUUUACAUGCCAUUGGACAGUUGACAGUAAAUCAAAGAAGGGAGAAGGAGUUAAAUUUCGAGUGUCAUCUACUGCAUUCAGCUAUCAUGAAUUAAAUAGCCGGAGAAAUCUGUUAGAAUAGACAGCCUUGGCCAAACGGGAAAACAGCCUGGGAGGGGGGGGGGGGCUACUUCCUUAUAAAAGGCCAAUGGGGAUGUGCCGCUGGAUGGGGUGGCACUUUCACGACCGGAUUGACUAUAAUGGGGUCGCAUUUUCCACAGAGUUACUAGAAUGGGGUCUCACAUUUUCGGAUUUUUGGGGGGUAAGGCAGUUCUUCACAUUUACGGUUAGCAAACGUACCAGAAUGUUUGUACAGCAGAUGAAAAGUAAAGUGUUCUUCAUUCAAUAUAAAAAAUGGACAAAUUCAUAAAAAUUGAAAGUGACUAAGUUGCCCAAAAGUGACUAAGAUGGGGUCCAUAAUUGGCCACAGAAUAGACAAUAAUAGGGUAGCAGAAAUUUACCCGAGUACCUCCCCCCCGGGAAAACAACCCAGACCUGAUUGAUAGUUCUCGACAUUUCAACCAGUUAGAGCUGCACAUCCUCUAGACAACAAUGUAAUCCAAUAAUUGGACUGUUACAUUACAGUUACUGCGAGAUUGUUUUGAAUUUUAAAAAUGGCAUACCAAUGUUAUUUACUAUCCUGCUUUAGUCUCGAUUAGCGUUGCUAUCGUGGAUUAUCACUUUAUUAGCUUAUGCUGUCUGUGUAUCUGGUGCAGUAACAGGCAUAAAAAGACUGCCGGUCUCCAACAAACUGCAACGUUCUCAGCGACUUGUCUAAUUGGUCUUGUCUUCGUUUUUUUCUGCCGCGAAUUUGUUAGUUUCUGGAGUUUGCAAUCUCAAAAAUUUGACAGAAGGAAAGGACGAAAAUAAGCAAAAAUAACGGCGCAUCUUCUGACGACACCAGUGGUAGAGUAACAACAUAGAAUAGGAAGCCGUACCACAGUAUUAGUCUGAUAAAAGAGCCGGUAGAUAAACUGGCAUCUUAGUUCUUUAACUUAGGGAGAAAAAUAAAUCAACCCAGAAGCAUAUAACCACGAACCGGGUUAUAUGCUUCUGAUCAACCUAAUAAGCUGGAAAAAGUCAGCAAUAUCAUAGCUUUUUUGUCUGCCAUCGGGAAAUUAGACGGUUUUACUUAUCUUGACCCUGAAGCUGAUUUUUUCAUCUGCAAUAGGCCUUUCUCUGUGAUAGAUGAUUUCAUUUCUUGCGCAUACAUGCAAAUCUAAACCACAACUUGUUCACUGAUAUCUUCACUUGCAUUCCAUAGGCGGUGAUGCAACACCAAUUGACUGUCUUUAUGUUUCGCAUCAAAGUGGCCAAGACACACUUCAAUGCGGUUCUCGGACUGAGCCAUGCCGAACGUUGCCACAAGCGCUACUGUUGGUGAAUGAUGGAGGAAAGAUCUGUCUAAAUGGAACGAACAGUGAAAUACAUCCUUACACCUGUGAAAAAGUGGGGCCUGUUAAGGACAAACCAUUGAAGCAGCUCGACAAAAGUGUAGAAAUACAUGGUUUGUUCACAAAGGCGCAUAUCACCUGUGAACCACGUUAUGGCAAUCUAGUUUUUAAGUAUCCUGAGAAUCGCCUCUUUAAAUUAACUCUCUCGAACCUUGUAUUCCUCAAAUUUGGAUUCGAUCUACUCAAUGUGAGCUGUUUCAGAGUAUUUAUAUCUAGCUGCAAGUUUAUAAACAGUUCAAACGCAGUUCGUAUAUUACAGAAGGAUUCGAGGGUCAUCACGACGUCUUCCAUCAUUGUCACUAACACCGAAUUCUUUUACAAUAAAUUGUCCGUCUCGGCCAUCUUGUUUAAAGGGUUGGUAACCAUAAGAAUCUCGAGGUGUGUCUUUCAGGGCACGAAGGGGCAAUAUGAUAAAAUCUCAGGAGUUAAAGAAACAAAGGCUGCCGUUUACAUUAAGGUCUUAGGAUAUCCAAACAUGGUAUACACAGAUAGCUCAAUUGUCGAUUCUGUCUUUCAAGACCUUGGUCACGAGAGCAAUGGCCUUGCUUUGUCAUAUCGGUCUUAUGGCUACUUUGUCACUGGAAGUUUAUUAGUAUUUAACAGUACCUUCCUAUGCAAUGAGAAUGCUAUAUUAGUGAAAGGCGCUUUUUACGUACAACUUCGUCAUGUGACAAUUAAUUCUACGUUUGGUUAUGUUUUAUUGGGCGGUGGACCUCCCAAAAUAAAUGCCAGGGCCCCUGAUGUAUGGCUUUUCUUGGACCAUUGCACUCUAUCAAAUAACAGAAGAGGAAUAAACAUGGCUACUACCCGCUGCGUCAACGUCAACGGCAACGUGUGCCAGCCAAGCAGCCAAAUAUUAGUUGUAAAGAUUAGUCUAUUCGUCGGAGGGAACGAGACUCAACGGCUCGGUGACGCAAUCAGGUUGAUAGUGAAGGCGUAUCGCACUUUACACAGACCGAAUUUUAUUAAAGCCAUAGUAAUCCUUGAAAACGUCACCUUUCAAGAAUUCCUUCACCGUGUAGUCUAUAUAAAAAUUCAAAGGAAUGUAACGGGCCUAAUAAACGUUACGAACUGUAGGUUUCUAAACAAUUCUGAGUUUGUUUAUCGCCUGGAUGACCGUCCAACUAUAAGGAUUGCACUUGAGAAGGAAGACCCUCCGAAAUGCCUCAACAGAAACCACAACAGCAAAUUUUUCUGGCAUAACAAAACGCAGUUUCCGGUGGUAUUUGAGAAUUGUAUGUUUAAAAAUAACGUCGCAAUCUCAGGAGCAUUGAAUAUUUUCAAUGGAAACGUCACUAUUAAAAACUGCACUUUUAAAGACAACGAAGGAUCAAAUCUAGGAGGGCAUAUUAAAAUGAAGAUCGGUUAUGGUACUCUCAACAUCAUCAAUAGUAAUUUUCUUCAGUCACGUUUGAGUCAAAAUACUAAUGUAGAGCGAAUAUCAAAUGAUGGAUGCUUUUUGUAUUCUGAAAGUGCUGGACCGGUCAUCAUUAAAAACUCGUCAUUUACAGCAAACAUAAACAAGAAGUUCUACCCGAUCUUAGCUGUCACUAAGAGCAGUUUAAUACAAGUAGAUGCUGCUUCUACAAUUAAGUGUCCGUCUGGCAGGUGGCUUAAAAUGGAUAUCAACAAAAAAACUGAAGGCUUUGAGUUGUCGAAACGAAUUGACAUUUGUACAUCUUGGAUGAAAGCCAAUUACGUCAAAAUAUUCUGCGAAGAGUGUCCUACUGGAUUUUAUAGUCUACAGAGAGGAUUUAUAUCUGGUUUAACUGUCACUAAAGAGGAUAAAUGCCUGAAAAGUCCAUACGGAGCGUCGUGUGAAAAUGGAACCAUCAAAGCCAAAGAGAACUUCUGGGGCAUGGAAGAUUUUUCUUCCAUUCCUCCAAGUUUUCAUUUUUUUCACUGUCCUUCUGAAUACUGCAGCAGAUCAAGCCACUCCACCCACUAUGGUCAUAACAGCUGCCAUGGCAGAAGAGACGGUGUUCUUUGUGGCAAGUGUUUUGAUGGGUAUAGUGAGGCACUGUAUUCAAAUUCAUGCAGAAAGAACGAGAGAUGUAAUGAUAGCUGGUUUUGGCUGGCGACUAUGAUUUAUGUGGCAGCCUUUGCAGUUUAUAUCGUCUUCAAGCCUCCCAUUUUCUCAGAGCUGCUAAAAUACAGUCUCUGGUUUAAGUAUAAACCUGGCUUUAGUAAUCUACAUCAGACAUCAAGCGAAGAUAAUAAAGAACAUGAUUCUGGAUAUCUAAAAAUCAUCUUUUAUUUUUAUCAAGUAGCAGAACUGGUAAUGAUUAGGUCACGAGAGAAAACGUUUCAUCUGGUACCCAUUAUUCCUCCUAUCAUGGCAAUUUUUAAUUUCCAGGUCAAAUCAUUGAACGGUAGCAUUGGCUGUCCAUUCCCUGGUCUCACUGUCGUAACCAAGGAACUGUUCAAGUGCAUGAAGUUCCUAGGAACGUUGCUUUCCAUUGGUCUUAUUUAUGUACUUCAUCGAGCCACCAGUGAGACCCUCUACUCAGCUCCACCAUCAAUGAAACUAUACCUGUCUGUUGCUUUAGAAACACUUUUGCUUGGUUAUGAAAGACUUGCUGAUACAUCCCUUAAACUUAUGCAUUGUGUUCCUAUUGACAAGGAUUGGCGUCUUUUUGUAGAUGGGACAAUUCAAUGUUGGCAGUGGUGGCAGUUCCUGCUUACCUCGUUCAUACUGUCAUUCAUCAUCCCCCUCGUUCUGGUUCUUUUCUGGGGAUCACUGAGACUUAG